CGCAUCAGAUGAAUAUGAAUGAUAUGCGGAAUUAAAUGGAGGCAUAUAAAAGGACUUUGCAAAUCGAGCUAUUGAUGCACAGCGAUUUCAACGAUCAGAUAGAACACAAUUUUCGUGCGUAGAAAAGGUGUUAAUCGAUAAAGUCAACCAUGAUUAAGUUUGCAUUCUUCCUCUUGUGCCUUGUUGCAAUUUGCUCAAGUGCCGUCAUCACAUCGCCUGACGUCAAACAGCCCGAAGCCGAGCAGCUCGACCAAGUUGAAGAAUUGGAGGGUGAUGACUUAAGUACAGCCGAAACAGCCAAUGCACAAUUAAUUAUUGGAUUUGGAUCACCAUUUGGCGGUUAUGGAUACGGUAGCGGUUAUGGAUACGGAGGCUAUGGACGAGGUUAUCAUCACCAUCGGCAUCAUCAUCAUCAUCACGGUGGAUAUGGCGGAUACGGUGGAUACGGUGGAUAUGGCGGAUACGGUUACGGUGGCUAUGGCCGUGGGUAUGGAUACUACGGUUAGUGAUGAUUGAUAUUAAAGGAUCAUUAGACCGCAUUUCCGAUGAAAUUUUAGUCUCGAUUUUGUAUAUUUUUAUUUGACCAAAAUUAAAUAAAAGCCAUAGAAUGUUCAAAAAGAAUAUAU